CCUGACAAGUGCGAUCAACGGCCCCGAUUGAUCCUCUCAAGGUCCCACUGAUGGGAAAGUCCGAAAUCGUAUACACCAAGUCCAAAGUUGGCCUAAGCGUUUGUCCGGAACUGAAGCUUUUAGGGUGCAAGUGAGCACACCCAAGAAUUGCCCAAUCUUAAAGUGCAACAAAAUGAGAAGUGAGAUGAGAUGGGGGAAUUUGUGAAGUGUGAAGCCAGGCCAAUAGAAAGCAGAAGCGGUGGAUUUCUUACCAUUUGAGGAAUAAAAGUAUCUUUUUUCGUACUAAGAAGAAGAAGGGACAGGAAGAAGAGGAAGAGGAACAGCUGAAAAAGAGACCCAAGCGUUAUUCUGCGGGUUUACCUAUUAUGCAGAAAGCUAAAGGUGAUCAGUGUUCUAAAGGAGCAGUUUCAGCAAACUGGACAUGAGUAUGCUGCUGUGAACAUGCUCCAACCAAGUGAAACCGAUGUUCUUGUUCUGUUCUUGUUCCUAGUUGUGCUUCCUAUUGUCAUUUACAUCUUACUAGGAAAAUGGAAUGAGGCUGGAAAGAAGAAAGGGAGGGCAAGUUUCCUAUCCCAACAAACUGCUGAAGCAGCUUUUGGAGUAGAAGACAUGGCUCCUGCCAGUGUCUUUCCUCCGUUUCCUGUACCUGUACCUUUGCCAAACAGUUCUUUGCACCCGUACGCAACUUCACCAUAUCCAAAUGUCUCGCACACUGAAUCUGAGGCCGUGUCUUCGCCAAAUGCUCCCCUUCAUCAGUGUGCAAAGUGCUGUGGUCCCGCGAUGACUCGCUGUUCUAGAUGCAAGUCCGUUCGCUACUGUUCGGGAAAGUGCCAGAUUCUCCACUGGAGGGAAAUUCACAAGCAUGAGUGCUGUCUAUUGGAAAAGAAUGGGAAUACUUCAUCUCCUAAGCAUUCUUUGAUGGAAGAUCUUCCUGGAAAGAUCCCACUUGAUAGUAACAUGAGUGGGCAGUUUGUUGAUUGCAAAGGCAAGCAGCAUAGGUCUGAUAAAGACCCUUCGGACCAUAUUAUUGAAUCUCCAAUAAGCACACCAGAUUCAUUGAGACAGAGAAGACCUGGAGAGAGGAGAGCUUCUCGAAAGGCAAAUAAAGAUGUUAUUAGAAAAGUAGAAGGAAAGAUAUCAGACCACACGUCUAGGAGUAGAGUUAGUUCAUCUACUUCGUGUUGCGCAAUUCCAUCAUCAGACUCUUCUAGAAAUAAGUUCAGAGAGAGCAACUCUUUGCCUCAUCAACAACAUAUUUUCCCCAAUGGAGAUACUGAUAACCAAAAUGCCAUGCAAAACCAUUAUAUGAUGUCACAGAAGCAAAGCGAACCUGAUCACCCGACAAAAAAUCAGUAUGGUAGGUCAGAUGCACUGGAUUGUGAAGUUGACGAGACAAAUGCAUGUGAAGGUCAAAUGGAUACAUAUGACCGAGAAAACGGUCUCUCUGGAGGAUUUAGCUCUCAAGGAAAUGCUAAAACAAAGGAGACUAUGCCUUCUCAGGGGCGCAAUGGGGGUGCUCAUAUGGGUUUCAUGAAAAUGUUUGGUCUAAUGAAGUCAUCAAGACUUGACAGACAAGCACAUUCAACAGUCAAAUAUGACAGGCACAAGAAGUUAAAGAUGCUGUUUCCAUAUGAAGAAUUUGUGAAGUACUUCCAGUAUGAAGUUCUCAACGUGUCACCCAGAGGACUAAUCAAUUGUGGGAAUAGUUGUUAUGCCAAUGCUGUCUUGCAGUGUUUGACCUUCACCAAACCUCUAACGGCCUUUUUGCUUCAUCGAUCACAUUCUCAAUCUGGCUGUGGGAGAGAUUGGUGCCUCAUGUGUGAACUUGAGCAGCAUGUGCUGAUGUUAAGAGAGGGUGGGGACCCACUGUCUCCGAAUAAAUUUCUUUUGCGCAUGCGUAGCAUAAACAGCCAGAUUGGGAAUGGGAGUCAGGAAGAUGCACAUGAAUUCUUAAGACUUUUUGUUGCAUCAAUGCAAUCUAUAUGCUUGGAAGGUUUAGGUGGAGAGAGAGCUUGUGAACCUAGAUUGCAAGAAACCUCCUUUAUACAACACACUUUUGGGGGACGACUAAGAUCUAAGGUGAAGUGUUUAAGAUGCCAUCAUGAGUCAGAGUGCAAUGAAAACAUAAUGGAUCUUACAUUGGAAAUAUAUGGUUGGGUUGAAUCUCUUCAAGAUGCAUUAACACAAUUUACAAGUCCUGAAGAUCUUGAUGGAGAAAAUAUGUAUAGAUGUGGAAGGUGUGCUUCGUAUGUUCGAGCACAAAAACAAUUAAGCAUACAAGAAGCUCCAAAUAUCUUGACUAUUGUCUUGAAAAGAUUUCAGGGAGGGUGCUAUGGGAAGAUAAACAAGUGCAUUAGUUUCCCAGAGAUGCUGGAUAUGAUCCCAUACAUGACUGGGACUGAUGAUACCCCUCCACUUUACAUGCUUUACGCAGUCGUUGUCCACUUGGAUACAUUGAAUGCAUCCUUUUCUGGGCAUUAUAUAUCCUAUGUGAAAGAUACACAAGGCAAUUGGUUCAGGAUUGAUGAUACCAAGGUUCAGCCAGUUCAUACGAGCCAAGUUAUGAGUGAAGGAGCAUAUAUCUUAUUUUACAUGCGGUCAUCCCCACGGCCUGAUAGAACUUGUACUACUAGCAAGAAUACCCGGAAUCUAGUCCCUGCCAUGUCAAAGCAGUGUUCCUCAUUGAAAUCUCAGAAACCUUCACGACCUGAGCAUAUGAAAGGAAAUACAAACCAUUACACUUCUGGCAGUGUUUCCAGAAAUGCAAGUAGAAACAGACAGCCAUUAAUGGGGAUGCAUUCAGAGAACAUGGACCCCGCGACAAGUGACUGGUCCCUUUUCACCAGCUCAGAUGAAGCUUCUUUCACGACAGAGAGUACACGUGACUCUUUCAGUACAGUUGACUAUGCAGAUGGCAGCACCAUUGAUCCGAUGUCUUCUUUCAUGAACAUGGCUCCGGACUAUACCACCUCAAAGAGAACAACAAUUGCUUGCAACAUGUUUUCCGGAAGUAGGCCCCACACGACUUUCUUUUCGGAAAACAAGGGGUUUGUUGUGGCUGCUAGUACAAACUAUCUCAGUAGUGUACAGGAGGGCAAUGAUGGUAACGAUGAUGAUGAUAUGUCGCAGGUUAUUAACAGUCCUCAUGAAGCUUUUUUUGUUGAUAGGCAUGUAAAUUAUGGGUAUGAUGAUAAGUCUAGAUAUGAUGUAGAUCCCCAGACUUAUUAUCAUCAUCAUGAUCAAUUAUUAUAGUAUGUAAUGUAAUUUGGAAAUGGUUAUAUUGCAACUUAGCUAGGUAGAAGAUGUUUAGUGGAGUAGAAGCUAA